AUGGCGACAUCUCCCUCUCCAUCCCCAUCUUCAGAAGCAAACACAAAGCCUCUCCGCAGGGCAGCCGUCAAACCACGAAAGACAUUUCGAGAGCUCUUCCUGCAUCGCCUGCCGCACUACAAUGGACCCUACAAUGUCGGAUACAUGGAUAUAGAAGUGCCAGUUCGCGAGCCCCGGCCAGUCUCCAACCUUCGAAGAUGCGGAAAGCCGGUGCUUCGACUAGACACCAUCCUGAUGGGAAUAUACUAUCCCUGUGACCUGCAGGCCUCCCCCGGUGCACAUCGCGUCGACUGGAUGCCGCGGCCACGAGUAGCAACUGCUAAAGGCUACGCCAAAUACCUCAACAUUCCAGCACUUCCCGUCACCGCAUAUCUUGCCUGCACCUCCCUCUUCACAAAGCUGCCUGCCUUCAGAAACGCCAAAUUGGCUGCCCACUGGCCGGAGGAAAUGUGCAAAGACUCCGGUCCAACCGGGCAAAAGGCGAGAGAAGAGGAGCAAGAUCCUACGAGCCGGCCGAAAUUCCCCGUCAUCAUCUUCAGCCACGGACUUGGCGGCUCACGGCUCUGCUACAGCUCCAUCUGUGGCGAGCUCGCAAGCUUCGGAUUCGUCGUGGUGGCGAUAGAGCAUCGCGAUGGCAGCGGCGCGAGGACCUAUGUCAGUCUUCCGGGCAACGUUGAGGCCGCGGCCAUUGAAUUAUCAACCGCCGAGAUACACACAAAUAACGAUGGCGAUGAGAAAGACGGCAAGGAUAAAAAGGUGCAACGUCGAAGGCAAGAUGGACUGAACCCAUAUUAUGUCGUCGACUACAUCCUUCCCAAAGACAAUGCGCAGGACACCCGCCCUCACAACAGCAGAGGCGUUGACCACACAUUACGGUCAGCACAAAUUGUACUACGGCAGGGAGAGAUCAAAGAAGCCUAUUACAUUCUCGAUCUGAUCAACUCGGGCCAUGGAGACGACGUCGCCGCAAUGAACCUCCGAAAAAAGGGCAACGUGGGAUCCAGCUCGAUAGGCCUCAGAGGCAUCAAUUGGGACGAUUGGAAAGACAGCAUGUUUCUCAACAAUGUCACCAUGAUGGGACACUCUUUUGGAGGUGCAACCACGGUCCAAACCUGCCGAGAUGAUUCGCUAGAAUGGCUGGGCCAGGGUGUCAUACUCGAUGCCUGGGGCCAAGCAACGCCACCUGCAGGAGAGACGAGAAAAGAGAGGGUCACCAAGCCCCUUAUCUCGAUCUCGUCUGAAGCGUUCAUGCACUGGAAGGACAACUUUGAUAAAGUCGUCGAAUUUAGCAAUGAAGCCCGUGAAUCCGGCGCAUUAUGCUGGAUGCUCACCAUAGUCGGGUCAACUCACCUGGCCAUGACUGAUCUCGCCAUUCUCUAUCCUCAAUGGAUGUCAAUCUUCAUGAAGUCCAUGGUCAACCCGACACGCGCAAUUUCCCUGACAGUCACGGCGUCAUUGGAGUUUCUCAAGAUCAUAUUGCCUCCAGAACAGACAAAGUACAACAUGUGGGCAGACGAGCAGCUCCUCAAAUCCGCAGAGCCACCGUCCGACCCCACAGAAGUCCUCCGAACAGACCACGCACCCGAUCCCAAAUGGGUCGCCGUGCGCCUCAAGAUACCCAACGAGCUCUCGGUCAGGUUCAAAGCUUGGCUUCGCCGGACUUGGCGGCUUAUCAUCUGCGCUGGCCGCGAAGCCGUCGAGCUGACUCAUGGGUUGUACGACUUUGGGGAGCAGGAGGAGAUCUGGACUCACAUAUGUCCUACGCAUGAGGCAGUCGAGGCGCACAUGAAACAGCCUUACAAGUAUGCCGCAAGCCAAGAGUGGGACGGUUUUUUGGAUAUCAAGAUAGAGGCAUAUAUCUACAUAUGAAUGACGCGCGAUGA